AAGAGAAAAAAAACCAUGAAAAAAAGAGGAGGAGGAUGGGAAAAAAAAUGAUAAAGACGUUCCUCAAAGAGCUACAGACGAUUUGGCAUUUACAUGUUUGUGCGUAUUAAGGAUCGCCGCUCGUAAAAUGUAGCACGAAAUACGGUCUAUGCAAAGUCUCUCUUAAUUUACAAUUAAAAUUCGACACGGUCUCAUACACAGGCGAGCUUGUGCAUGUACGCACGUACGCACGCACGCACGCACGCACGCACGUACGCACGUACGUACGUACGUAAUAUGUACGCUCUCGCGCGCACUUAGAAAGAUUUUAUAUGAAAGAUCGUAUAUAGCUAUGUACGGAGAUAGGAAGCUUAGCUUGUUCUUUAUCUGUAAAAUCUCGAAUGGGGAAGGCAAACGAUCGAUACAAUUCGCGAUCCUCUCGAAUGCGUGUUCUCGCGUGACGAACGGCCGAGGUUACCGAAGGAGGUCAACCAUCUGUAGGAAUCGCAAAACGUUUCCUCGUUCCUGAUUCCUAAGCGGCGCAGUUAUGGCCUUUUCCGACGAAGUGGACGUUAACGUUCAAUCGUCAUCGCCAUGCACGGGAUCUCGUUCGUUCGGAACGCACGUGUACAUAUGUAUGUACUAUAUAGACUAUUAUGCGAUAGUUUAAGAGGAAGGAACAUUGAGAGAUACGCACGCUAGUUAGAAAAUUACCUUGAAGAAAAUCGAUUUGUUCCAUGUAUGACAAGGCCCCUCUUCCCCCACCAUGCCUCUCUGUCUUUUCCCCAAGAUGUGCUAAGAAGACGAAUUAUGGUGGCAGAAUUUGUCGCCCGUCAGAGUGGAUCGCCCAUAAAUGGUGAGACCGCCUGUCUGAAUAGCAACAUGCCGGCCAGCCACACAAUGGCGCACGCAGGUCACGCUGGCCACGGUGGUCACGAUGCUCACGGACCACUACCGCCACUUACACAUCCGGCUCAUCACGGUGCUCCUAUUCAACAACAACAGCACCCACCGCAGCAGCAGCCGCAACAACCACCGCCGCCACCACCUCAGCAGCCUUCGCAUCAUCAUCACCAUCACCAUCAGACGCAACAGCAACAACAACAUCAUCAACAGCAGCAGCAGCAGCAGCAGCAGCAGCAACAACAGCAACAGCAGCAGCAGCAGCAGCAGCAGGCGCAACAGCAGCAUCAACAACAGCAGCAUCUUCAUCAAGACGCACAACAGGUGACACAUCCCGAAAACUUCCCCCCGAACUUCGACAUCAGAAAAGAGCUCUUUUCCCAGCGCAAACAGCGAGAGUUCAUCCCGGACAACAAGAAGGAUGACAGCUAUUGGGACCGGAGGAGACGCAAUAACGAGGCGGCCAAGCGGUCGCGUGAGAAGAGGCGAUUCAACGAUAUGGUACUCGAGCAGCGUGUCAUGGAGCUGAGCAAGGAGAAUCACAUACUGAAGGCGCAACUCGAGGCAAUACGCGACAAAUUCGGUAUAUGCGGGGAAUCCGUUAUAAGUACGGAACACGUGUUAGCUGCUUUACCCGCGGAACCACCAAUAAGCGUCAAGAGGGCGAAACUACCGGCCUCAGCAGCCCUCCUUUAUGCGAGAACACCAAGUCCCGUUCACACAUCGGUCAUCCAUCAGCCAGUUAGCGGUGCCAGAUCGCCAAGAUCACCGGCACAGCUUUACGUUCCCGAAACAACCGCUUAUCCGGAAACGGAAAGCUUCCAAUAUCCUUAUCCGCAUCCAGCGAUGCAUCUCGAUACGACGAGCGCAUUGAAUUUGUCGCGCGGACGAAGAGCACAAUCGCCCUUCGAGUUGUCCUCCGGUAGCGGCGAUGAGGGUGGACCACAAUUGAUAGUGAAUUCUUCGGCUAAUAACAGUUUACCGCACAAACUCAGGCAUAAAUCGCGUAUAGGUGACAAGGACGCAGCAAGUGCUCUAUUAGCGUUACAAGGAAUAAAACAGGAGCCAGGACCGAGAGCGUCGCCGCCAUGGGACAAUGAGGGUUCCAGCGACGAACGAGAUUCUGGUAUAUCAUUGGGAGCCGAAUGGACUGGACCAAGCGUGGCUACCGUCCCGGAAAGUGAGAGGGAAGUCAAGUCAAGGCUCGAUCGUCUUGCAUCCGAAGUUGCCUCAUUGCAGUCCAUAUUGCGCCUUGGCAAGCCAACCGACAGUCUUAUGGCUGGACACCCAUUGCCAACUAACGCAACGACACAUAAUGGGCCAUGAACGAAUGUCAUCAUUUUUGUUCUGUUUUUUUUUUUCCUUUUUUUUCUCUCUCUCUCUUUUCUUUCCUUUUUAUUUUAUAUACGAGCUUGUGCCGACGAAAUUUAUCCUGUUCGAACUAUCAUGUUUUUAUUAUCUAUCUUCGAGAUGCGAAGUUGAAAUCGAUUCGAUCACGAGGUCCGUUCACGUCCCGACGAACUUUUGUUUUUUUUUUUAAAAGGACGUACUCGUCGAUCGGUUCUCUCGAACGAAAGAACACGAACGGAGGGCGAAAGGGAGGGCGGGAGGAAGAGAAAAGGGUGACCGAUUCCUUCAUCCAAUGUCGAUUAUUCGCAAAGCGAAGAAGCAUCGAUUUUCUCAUAUUAGCGGAAAAAUGAACUCGAUUCCCGGAGCUUCUCUUUCUCAUUCAUUCGCUUUGCAUUCGAUGAUUAUUUGUCGAGAAAGGAUGGAGAAGAAAGAGGGGGGGAGGAGACCCUUUGCCGGACGGAUAUUCCCUCUCUCUCUCUCUCUCUCUCCGUGUUCUCCCCUCUCUCCAUUCCUUUCCUCUUCUCUUUCCUUCCCUUUCCUUCCCUUCCAUCCCCUUUCCAUAAUUUUCCCCACCAAGUCGCCGUCGUCGUUGUCGACGUCGUCGUCGUCGCCGUUGUCGUCGUCGCCGUUGUCGUCGCCACCGCCCCCUCCCCCUCUCUCCCCCGACCGACCCACUUCGCCCUCCCUCCUCCCCGUAAUGCAUCGACGAUGCUGUCGCAAAGUAGUAACUGAUAAAGGAACGAAAUGAUACGAUAUUUAGGUUACUCGUUAUUAUAAUUAUGUUUCUAUAAGAUCUUUAAGCUAUUCGUUAUAAAUAUUUUAUUCAUUAUCGUUAUUAGCGAGUUUGUUAAUUUGGAAGAGUCGUGUAUCGCUAAACACAUAUAUACAUAUAUGUAUAUAUAUAUAUAUAUAACUGUAUAAUACAUAUAUAUGUAUAUAUAUAUGUAUAAGAUACGAAAGUACGAGUUCAUUCGAAUGUUAUAGAUCGUUUCUGAAGAUUUAAUGUAAUAUAAGUAAAUGAAUCCUUAAACGAAGACUUUCUCGUUUUGAAAAUAUUCUUAUCGAUUUUUCGGCGAGUAUCGAUGCAAUACGUGCAUCCAUCAUACGUAUGUGAAAAAAAAAAAAAAUCUAAAGUGUAAUUCAUGACAUUUUAGAAGGAAGAAUCGCAACGAGAGUCAUUAUUUUUUCUAUACCCGCGUGAAUUUCUUUUCUUUUUUCUUUUUCGUCCUUUCUUUCUUUUUCUUUUUUUCCUUUUCUUCCUUUUUCUUUUUUCUGUUUUCUGUCCUUUCUUUUUUUCUUUUUUUUUUUUUUUCUUUUUUUUCUUUCUUUCUUUUUCUCUUUUUUAUCCUAUUCCUUACGUGCCGUAUUCAUCUAAGAGGAUUUACUUUUAAAUAUAAUAGAGAAGUUUUAAGCCGCUUUCGCAUGAACAUUUUCUAUAUGUAUUACAUAAAUGUACUUCCGUUCUCUCUUCGACUUGUUAAUACGAUAUCUCACAAACGUUACCAUAUAUUUUGUGAAUAUAAAUAUGAAAAUUUCAUUUGUAUAGAAUAAUAAAUGUAAGAAAAAUUUUAUCCGACAAAAUUAUAAUCCGUUCGAUUUGAAACGUGAAAACGACGAUUGGGAACGUUCGCGCGAAAGCGACUUUAUUCUACGAUUUAAUAUAAUCGUGAUCGCGCAACCGGCUAUCUCACUACCACGAAAAGAUACGUUUGAAAGUUAAAUUUCGUAUCGCGUCGAGAUCGUUAACAGUGAAGCAAUAGAUAAGCUCUCGUUACGAUAUACCAUCCAUGAAAAGAAUACCAUUUUGAUUUUCUUCAUACGUAAAUGCGUAGACCAAUAUAUAUAUAAACAUGUCGUUUAAACAAGAAUAGAUACGUGUAUCAUACGAAUACACACUAAGUUGCCUUACUAGCAGUUUAGUCUAUAUAAAUAUAUAUAUAUGACACACGAUAAAAUCAAAAAACAAAAAAAAGAUAAUUAUCAUUAUCUUGUUUUUCUUUUUUUUUUUUUUUUUUUUUCUUAGAAAAUUCGAGCCUUUUUAUACGUAAAAACGAAUAAAUGCAUUCUAUAUGAAACGAUACGAAAUUGUUACGUUCGCCGAAAAAGGAAGAAUGAAAGAAUGAAAGAAAGAAAGAAAAAGUAAAUGAAAUAAA